AUGGCAGCAUACACCUCUUUAGUGUUGGUGGUGUCAAUCCUCAGUGGUGUCCCGUUUUCCGAAUCCUUGGACUACGGGGACGCCCUCUCGAAGAGCCUCCUCUACUUUGAGGCGCAGCGCUCUGGCCGCCUCCCUCAUAAGCAGAGAGUGAGGUGGCGCGACCACUCGGGCCUUCUUGAUGGCCUUGACCAAGGGGUGGACUUGGUGGGGGGCUACUACGACGCCGGUGACAAUGUGAAGUUUGGGCUGCCAAUGGCCUACACAAUUACUUUGCUUUCAUGGAGCGUUGUGGAAUAUGGGGAUGAAAUAGGUGCCGCCGGCGAGCUCGAUCAUGCCCAUGAAGCCAUCAAAUGGGGAACUGAUUAUUUCAUCAAAGCUCAUCCUCAUCCUCAUGUCCUCUGGGCUCAGGUGGGCGAUGGCGAAACCGAUCAUCUCUGCUGGCAGCGGCCGGAGGACAUGACAACGUCCCGUCGCGCAUACAAGGUGGACGAGGAGAACCCCGGCACUGAGGUGGCGGCCGAGACGGCGGCAGCCAUGGCCGCAGCCUCCAUUGUCUUUAGCACAACAAAUCCGCCCUACUCCCGCCUUCUCUUGGAACACGCGCUACAGGUGGAUUUGAUGAUUUUUGAGACUUGUGUUUUGAAAAGUUUUAGAAUGAUAAUAAUAUGUUUGCAGUUGUUCGAGUUUGGUGAGAAAUUCAGAGGGAGAUAUGACGAGAGUAUUGAAGUGGUGAAAGGGUACUACCCAUCAGCGAGUGGAUACAAGGAUGAGCUGCUGUGGGCAGCGUUGUGGUUGUAUAGAGCCACCGACAAUGUCACUUAUUUGAAUUAUGCUAUUCAGAAUGGGGAAUCAUUUGGUGGAACCACCUGGGCCAUCACUGAGUUCAGCUGGGAUGUUAAAUACGCUGCUGUUCAAGCCAUUGCAGCCAUGGUAAAUCUUCUUCAACCAUUCGUGUAUUUCUGAAAUGGAUGGAUGAAAAUAAACCCCAUCCUAUUUAUUCAUCUGUCUACAAUGUUGCAGUUACCAAUCAAAGGGAAAAGUGGAGAAGAAAAGAAAACCCUGCUACAAUACCGAUCAAAGGCAGAAUUCUACAUCUGUGCUUGCUUGAACAUGAACAACUCCACCAACGUAAAGCGCACCCCGGCCGGCCUACUCUACACCCGCCGAUGGAACAACAUGCAGUACGUUUCCAACGGCCUUCUCUUGCUCACAGCCUACUCCGAACACCUCCAUUCCACCAACCAAACCCUCAACUGCCAUGCCAGCUCAGUCGGGUCGCAUGAGAUCCUCUCGUUCGUAAAAUCACAAGCCGACUACAUUUUGGGCGCGAACCCCAUGGGGGUGAGCUACUUGGUGGGAGUCGAGCCCUCGUACCCCAAGAGGGUGCACCACAGGGGAGCAUCGACAGUGUCGUACAGAGAUAGCAAGGUCUUUGUUGGGUGUAUGCAGGGCUACCAUAGCUGGCUCGGACGCCAAGCUCCGAACCCAAAUGUACUGGUUGGAGCCCUCGUUGGAGGGCCUGAUCUAAAUGAUGAGUUCAGGGAUAGAAGAACUAACUUUGCACAAACUGAAGCCUGCACGUACAACACGGCGUCUCUUGUUGGAGUUUUCGCCAAAUUGAAUGCACUACAUGAGGCUGGUAAGAAAUAGAGAAUCAGAAUUACUCGAGUUCUAGAAUAAAAACCACAUAUUACAAAUAUAUUCUUUAGUUCUUUGAACACGAAAGCAGCAACUGAUUCUUUCAUUUCAAGAGUUUCUAGUUUAAGCUGUCUUUAUUAUUACAACAACAACUCGGUUCACAAACAUAUUAUAUACUGAUACGAAAAUGAUAAGUUUGUGAAAUUAAAGCAAGAAGACAUCUCUCAGAUCUUGACACAACUGAAAAUUUACCUGAAAAGUACACAGUAAGACUUAGAAAUGCAUAAUCGUUGUGGUUUAUCACUGUCAUCAAACAAUUCUUUGAUUAAACCCAAAGAAAAGGAUGGAGCUAACCAGUGAAUUCUCAGAAAUUAUGAAGGAGAAUCUUGAGUCGGGGCUAGAGCACACUGAUGAUUUAAGACACACAGAGCUCAGUGAUUAGCUUCUUCUGCUUCCAAGCAUCGUGCAUUUCUUCUGUCUCAACCACAACCAACCUUUUCACCUGUACUUAAAAUUAUACAUAUGUUAAAAAGAUAUAAACUGCUAAUUCAAUCCAAGCAUCACACAACAUAAAAAGACAGGAAAAAUUCAACCAACCAGAAUAUGCCAAAUAAAUUGAGAGAGAGAGAGAGAGGGUAUCUGCUGGAGCAUUCCACAGACAGUGUGGAUUCCAGCACAUGACGGUGUGGUUGGACUUGGUGAGGAGCAAGGCCUCUAAUGUAUUCUAGUUAACACAAAUCACCGAGAAGCAAUUAAGCAAAUAUUUAAUGUUUUUGCUGUAAAAUUUCAAAUAGAAAGAUAACUUGGUUUAUCAUAGUAAUUUACAAAUUCAAUCUCUAGCAUUGUCUAAGCAGAGCCUGGUAC